AUGUCUAUACAAGACUAUAGUUCGAGACUCCUUUCGUAUGUUACACUCGUCAAUAUCGCGCUAGCACUCGUAGCAUAUAUUACUGUCCAAAUCUUUUACCAGAUAACUUACUACCGGUUCUUCCAUCCGCUACGACACUUUCCUGGUCCUUUCUGGGCCAGCGUAACGCGUCUAUGGAUCGCUUACCACAAUAUUAAAGCCGACGAAUGCGAGCCCGAACUUGCUCUACACCGCAAAUAUGGUCCAGUGCUUCGAAUUACGCCUACCCUCCUCUUGGUUUCCGACGCAACCAAGUUACCUGAGGUAUAUAAUCGUCAAUCGAACAAGUCAAACCACUAUAUCACCGGCAGCUUCGGGAAGACUGAGAGCCUAUUUAACAUGCGUGAGCAUAAGCAUCAUGCGCAUUUUCGCAAGAUUGCUGCUGGCCCCUACAGCUUCAGCAACGUCAAAAAAAUGGAAGGCCUGGUAGAUGACCGCAUUCAGCAAUGGAUCGAUAGACUGGAAGAACUCUUCAGUAAUGGCAAGAAAUUUGACUUUGCGCCUUGGGCAGUGUACAUGGCAUACGACAUCAUAUCCGAAAUUGGCUUUGGCGCACCUAUCGGCUUUAUAGAAAGCGGCUCGGACAUUGAUGGUCUGAUUAAAGGCUUCCAUGAUGGCUUACUUCCCUUCGGUCUUAUGGCUCGACUUUGGCCCUUUACACAGUGGGCAAAAGGUACAUGGCUUGGUGAGAGAUACCUCGUCGCGAAACCGGAGGAUGACUCUGGCAUCGGCACGCUCAUGCGCUUUCGUGAUAAGCUCAUUGCACAGCGACUUGAAGAUGUUGAGGCCGGUAAAAUCGAGCGAGUCGAUCUGUUACAGACGUUCCUCGAUGCAAGGACGGAAGAUGGUGCGCCACUAGAUUUGGAUUACAUCAAAGCUGAGAUCCUUCUGGUGCUGCUUGCAGGUGCUGAUACCACAGGCACUGCGUUCCAAGCGAUGAUUGCAUACAUUACCUCUGACGCUCAAGUGUACACGAAGUUGAUGAGAGAGGUUGAUCGCGUCACUCGUGAGGGAAACUUGAGUUCUACACCACAGUACGACGAAGUGCUAGAACAUUGCCCAUACUAUGUCGCCUGUGUCAAGGAAAGCAUGCGUUUGUGCCCCUCUGCCCCCAACAUCUUCCCUCGUCUUGUUGGGCCAUCGGGCAUGCAUCUGCACGGUCGAUAUGCUCCACCAGGGACAGAAAUAACUUGCAAUCCGUGGCUCGUGCACCGUGACGAGAAGAUCUACGGUGCCGAUGCCUGCGAGUUUCGGCCAGAACGCUGGCUCGAGAGCGACGAGAAAGCAAAAGACUACAACAAGUACAACAUGGCCUUUGGUUACGGCGCAAGAGUUUGCCUCGGAAAAGAUAUCGCACUUAUGGAGCUGUACAAGGCGCCACUGCAAUUUCUUAGGACGUUCAAGAUUGACAUGGAUAAAGGUCGGAAAGGCAGGUUUGUCGUCAAAGGUGGAGUAGGAUUUUGGGAGGAUAUGUUGAUUAGUAUACAGCGACGGGCAACGCAAGAUUAA